AAAUUUUGACAUAACAUGUUGUAAAAUUCAAGAUCAUGCAUAUUAGUAGACCAAUAAUCAAUAGCAUGAUAUAGCUCAUAAUAAAGGCGCGGUACACUUUUUUUACAAGUACGACCUGUCUUAAUGAGUUAGUUAAAAUUAUUCUGUGUCUAGAAGAAUUAAUAUGAAGUAGCAUACAUUUUUUUUAUCAUAUCUCACGAGAAAAAACAACAAUAACAAACAUAUGAACAUUUCUAUUUUUAUCAAAUUCGCAAAUCUCAUAGAUUUUUAUAAUUUCAUCCAUCGUUGGAUCACUAGAUGUAGGUAUAACCUCCUAGGUUUUACUAAUUUGUAAAAAGUGUAAUCUCGAAACAACUUUGGUCUUGUCCCUUCAAAGACAUUCGAUGAAAUUGGAAUCAAUUUAAAUCUCUGAUAUUAAAUUAGGAUAUUUAAUUGGUCAUAUCGAACUAUAUAUCACUAAAUCGAUCCAUUAUUAUAAGUUAUAAAAAUAUAUUUUACUAGAGUCAUAACAUAUCAUUCACCUAAAACCCCUUAUAUCAUAUUGAACAUGAAUGGUGAGAUCGAUUGUCUCAGGAAUCAUAAUAUUUGAUGCGAUAUAUUUUAUCCAAAGUAUAAAACUCAAAUAUGUUUAAGUUAAGAUAGGAUUGGAUUGUGUUUGUAAUGUAAGUGAUGAUAAUGUGAAUAAAUCUAUUGCCCUAUAUUUUCCUAAUUGUGAUGAUUAAAACUAAUACUUGAGUAAUAACUAAUAAGUAAUAUCAAAUGCAAAUAAUUAUAAAAUAAAUAUCAAAUGCAAAUAAACAGAGAAGGGUAAAUUUGGUAAAAUAGAACGGUAAAAAGGAAGAGAGUGAGAAGGGAAAAAUAAAAGGGGCAGUGGAAACUGAAAAUCACUGCAACUGCUCCCUUUUUUCUUUUCCUUCGUCACCGUCUCCUUCUCCCUCAGCUCUUCACUCUGUGCCUGACCUCUCAAAUCCGCUCCACCUUUCCUUCUUCAUCUCCCGCUUCAUUAUUUCAUCAGAACCUCUGGUUCCCUGCUACCCGUGGCUGCUUUGACCGUCUCUUCUCACUCAGUAAGUUCCAAAUCUCCGAAUUCAUGCACUUCCUCCACGCUCUCUCUCAAUCUCGCUAUCUUUCUAUGGCUCACGGCAGUUCUGCGCUCCAUGAAGAACCCUAGAUGAAAGCUUUGGCAUCUUUCUGAUUCGGUGCUUAUUUUUCUGGUUUUUGUUUGAAAUAAUGAAAUCUGAAUUUAAAGACUAGAAGUCUAAAGCUAGGUUUUUUCGUCCAUCCCGUGUUCAUGGUCUUCCAGUGCCGUUCUAUGAAAUAUUUGUAUUGAUUUAGGAUUUCUUUAUAAUUGAAAUCUUUUGCUUCCGGGGUGGAAGUUUAACGGUUUGUGUUCCUCCUUGCAGCGACAUUCUGUGGGAAAGUUGGGCAGCCUUGAUCUGGUAUGCACUUUCUCUCCCACCUUCUGGUUAAGCCUUCCCUGCCGAAUCUUCAGUAGUUGGGAAAGAGUAGUCAAACCCGGAGGUUUUGGGGGGUUCUGAUUUCUGGGUCUGGUGUCUGGUUCAAAUCUUACUUUUGUUUCGCCUCUUAUAGUUAAGUGGGCAUGGUGAAGAAAGAGGAUGGCCCAGGUAAUUCUUUGCCACCGUGCCAAAUUCCACCUACUGGUGGGCGCAAAGUGUUCUGGCGCUCAGCAUCCUGGUCCUCUUCCAGGACAGGGCUCCAAAAUCCAGGAGGUGAUCAGAAAGACUGUGUCAUGGAUCCUAAUGGUAAUAAUGUUGGUGGCUGUGAAGGUGGGCAAACCCGGAGGUAUCCUGCCCCCUUGACUCCAAGGUCUCAACAUAAUAGUAAAGCACGGUCCUGCUUGCCUCCUUUGCAGCCGUUGUCCAUUGCCCGAAGGAGUUUGGAUGAGUGGCCUAAAGCUGGUUCUGAUGAUCUGGGCGAGUGGCCAAUGCCGUCAACUCCCAGUGGCAACAAGACGGGUGAUAGAUUGAAACUUGAUCUGUCAUCAAUUGAAAAAAGCCAGGAUAGAACUUGUGGGUCAGUGAAGAGGGAUAGGAUUGCUGUGUUUGAUAAAGAAUGCUCGAAAGUAGCAGCACAUGUGUACCUCGGCGGAGAUGCUGUGGCUAGAGAUAGGGAGAUUUUGAAACAGAAUGGGAUUACCCAUGUCCUGAAUUGCGUUGGGUUUGUUUGUCCUGAGUACUUCAAGGCUGACUUUGCUUACAAGACAUUGUGGUUGCAGGAUAGUCCUUCAGAGGACAUAACAAGCAUUCUAUAUGAUGUAUUUGAUUAUUUUGAGGAUGUCAGGGAACAUGGUGGGAGGGUUUUUGUGCACUGUUGCCAAGGUGUUUCACGGUCCACAUCAUUGGUAAUAGCAUAUCUUAUGUGGAGAGAGGGUCAGAGUUUUGAUGAUGCAUUUCAAUAUGUCAAGGCAGCAAGAGGAAUUGCCGAUCCAAAUAUGGGUUUUGCCUGUCAGUUACUACAGUGUCAAAAGAGGGUUCAUGCUUUUCCUCUGAGUCCAAGUUCGUUGUUGAGGAUGUAUAGAAUGGCUCCGCAUUCGCCUUAUGAUCCUCUCCAUCUGGUCCCAAAAAUGCUGAAUGAUCCUGUACCAUCUGCUCUUGAUUCUAGAGGUGCCUUCAUACUUCAUAUACCCUCUACAAUAUAUCUUUGGGUUGGUAAGAAUUGUGAAGCCAUAAUGGAAAGGGAUGCAAGAGGAGCUGUUUGCCAGAUUGUUCGUUAUGAGAGGGCUCAGGGUCCAACAAUAGUAAUCAAAGAAGGAGAAGAGCCAGCAUACUUUUGGGAUGCAUUUUCAAAUUAUUUACCUCUCAUGGAUAGAUCUCGCAAUGGAGUAGACGCAGAAUCAUCUAAGAUUUCCGCUGGGGACAGGCGGGUUGAUGCUUAUAAUGUUGACUAUGAGAUGUUCCAGAAGGCUACUAAAGGUGGUUUUGUACCCCCUGUUUCAUUAUCUGGAAAGGAACAUGAAACCCGGCUUCCUGCCAGAGAAAGUAACUGGAGUAUGCUCAGGAGAAAGUUUGCCCCUGUUGAUACGAAAGAGUUUGUUUCUGCCCCCAGGACAUUUCUCUCUCGUGUAUAUUCAGACACUAUGAUGAUUGUCCAUUCAUCAUCACCUUCAUCAUCUUCGUCAGCAUCAUCUUCAUCUUCUUCACCUCCUUACCCCUCUCCAGAUUCCACCACUUCUUCUGAUUCUAGCACAAGCUCAAACUUCUCGGAGUCCUCUCCCGAUUCUCCUUCACUAGCUUCUUGUUCUCUUCCUGUGUCUUCAACUUUGUCUAACUUUUGUGACUUGACUGUUGCGCCAUCAACCCAACCGUCUCUUAAGAGCCAUGGGUCUGAUGAACAUGGUGUGAUUGUUCCAUCUCAAAUGAGUUCUCAGGUUGCGUCUUCGCCAUCCAGGAAGUCAUCACCUUCACUUGCAGAGCGGAGAGGUGGCUUGUCAAAAUCCUUGAAGUUGCCAAUGACGUCUGAUAAGGCGGCCAGUGUGCCAGCUGGUUCUCGUUCAAGCAAAGAUGGUGCUAGGUUAGAUAACAACGGCUUCUCUUGGUGUGUUUCAGAUAGUGUGGAGAUUGUUUUAGAGUCUAAAGACAAAGAUAAAGGAGUUCAGGUUUCAACUCAGCAGUCUAAUCUGAGUGCAAACAGUAUAGUUGAUGCUAACUUGUGUCACAAGGAAGCCAGCCUCUUAAAAAAUUGUGAUAAACCUGGUCACAAGCAUUCUCACAGUGAAGGAAUUGAUAGUUCCAGGGAUGAAAUAGUGUCAGCAGAGUGUGGCCAUGUACAACCUCUUGCAUACCGCUGGCCCAGUUUAGAGAGGAUUUCACCAUUUAGUAGGGAUAGUUUGGAUUGUAAUGCAGCGUUUGGAGUAUUGAUGCCACCUAAAUUGGAUAGGGAUGUAAGGAGGAUUCUGUACUUUUGGAUAGGCAAGUCCUUUUCUUGUGGUAAGAGCUUGAUUCAGUUAGAAUGCAGCCAAGAUUAUGUGGAUGUACGGGAUAUUGACUGGGAUCUGGUUGGUUGUCAUUUUUUAACUCAUGUCGGACUUCAAUUGGACGCUCCCAUCAAGGUGCAAGUCGUGAAGGAAGGAGAGGAACCAGCUGGUUUUCUUGCGUUGCUGGGUAGUGACUUGUAGCACACCCUGGAGGUGAUAAGUAACCAAUUUAGCAUAACUAGUGAUUUGAUUAUCUUCCGCGGGCUGUAAUUUUUUUGAGGGACAAGAUAUCUGGAACUAGUAUGAACUCCUGCAGCUAAAACCAUGAGGUAACAAAGCAUCAUUUCCCCCCUAUAGUCUUGUGUCAAUUCUCCUUCACACAACUAUCUCUGGUUCUAUACCUACUAUUGAUCAUUUAUUUUCAGCGGGUUUUGCUGUCAGUUUCUUUAAGCAUUAUAAAAAUCUUUUUAUGUAUUCUUUUCCUCAACUUUUCUGCUGAUAGAGAGAAUGAAAGAAGACUUAUGUUUCUUGCCAGUAGUCUUUCGUGGAUGUUUGGCCUAGCUGUGCUGAACUUCGGUUGAUACUUCUGUAGGUGGGCUAAGCAGCAGCGACAACAAGUUGAUAUCUUUUCUUGUUUUGGCUAAUCGCAUUGUGCCGCCCUGGUUGCAUGUGUACAUUGGUAUAGCUGCGGGAGCGUGUGUGCGUCAUCCCCUUCCAUAACUGCUUCUGGAAUUUGCCCUCUCCUUACAAGACACCAGACAUGUUUCUUUGCCCAUGUAUAUUCAUUCCCUUGUUACAGAAGUGUUAUAUUAGACGCUUUUCUGAGUAGAAACAUAAAUAGAACCGAAAACCCAUAUUCAAUUUCAUUGAAAACUUUCCUGCUCUGUUGCUGCUGCUUGAUCAAAUAAACUUUGAAGCUCCUAAACUUUAGCAUCCUUUGUAUUCGGAGUUUCCUGAACUUGUAUAUUGUCAAUCUGCAGCCUUCUUUGUAUGGGUUCCCAAUUGACCUGAAAUUGGCAGACUUGUGCCGAGGUCAGCUAUGUUGCGUCUCUCUAACGAAUGAGAGGAUAAUCCAAUGUGUUGAGACGCUUCAACAUUAUAGCUGAAUUAGAUAGAGCCAAGUGAGAAGUAUUUGGAUACAACUGGUGUUGUUGAAAACAUCUCUAUAAUCGACACAGUUUCUGAGUUAUGACUAUUGUUACUUUGUGAAGAAAGUGGUGGCGUUGGUAGCAGCGACGACUUUCAUCACAGUUUCAGUUUGUACCAAGAGCCAAUCAAUCUAAUAUGGUCUAAAUGUUCAACUACUGUCAAGGUUGGUUGGUGGUCUUAUAUUUAUGUGUUGUUUUCUCUUGUACCAGUAGAUUGUGGCUACUUGUUUAUUUUACCAGUAGAUUGUGGCUACUCCACCAAUGGAGCCAUUGUACUAAAGGUACAAAUUUUUCACAGUUUGUUAGCGUGCUGCCUCACUCCAUCAUUUGGAGCAUAUGGCUAGAGCGAAAUUCAAGAACCUUUAGAGAUAUCAGCUGCACAUGGGAUCGGGUCGUACACAAAGUAGUUAACAACUGCAUAAAUUGGAAUGUGGCCAAAGGUGAUAUGAAUAUGCAGGAGGCACUACUACUAACUAGGUUGUUUAGCUAUGUAAUCCCAUCUUCUUCCAACAUAACCUGAGAACUCUCAUUCGUCAAUUAUUGUAAUAGUCUCUCAGAUUAUACCUAGUUGUACCUCACGUGAGAUGAGCUCUUAAUUUUUAAGAGCAACCAACAGUUCAUUAAUACAAAUACAAAAUCAUU